CCUUCCAGCAGGCGUCGCUGCUCCGUCCAGAGCCUCCCCGCGGCCCCGGAAAGCGCUUCUUUGCCGAGGCGGAACUGCGGCGGCGUGCAGCGUCUUGUCUCUCCGCACGAAGCCGCUCCGAUGUGCGCCGUGCGGCGGCUGCGGGCGUCGGUGCGUCAACGCCUGAGCGCCGCGGCGGAGGAUUUCCUGCUGCGGCUGCAGAAAGAAGAGCAAGGAGACGCGUCGCGACUUCCGCUGCUCAGGUCGCUGCUCGACGAGCGGCUGGCGGCGGCCGCGGACGACAUCGUGGCGCUGCUGGAGGAAGUCAUCAUGCGGGCGGACUGGGAGAGGCGCGGCCAGCCGGCGGACUUGGAGCCUUGCGGCCAGGGGAAGACGCAGAGUCCAGCGCAGUCAAGCAAGACGCAGUCAGAGCGUGAGCAGGAAGUGCAGCAGGUGAUUGUGGGAAAAGAGGAAGAGGAGGAGUCUGCGCACAUCAAAGAGGAAGAAGAGGACGUUGCCAUGGUUUCCGUGAAGAGCGAGGAGGACGGAGGGGAUGACGUUCAUUCUCCCGCCGACCUGCGGAGCGACGGCAGCGAUGAAGAGUGGAUCCGCUCCGGCGACGCCGCCCCGGAGACGAGUCCCGGAGGGGGCGGGGCAUCCACCACCUGCCCCGAGUGCGGGAAAAGCUUCCUGAACGCCCUUCGCCUGAAAAGACACAGGAAGACGCACUCGGGAGAGAAACCCCACGUGUGCUCGGUGUGCGGGAAAAGCUCCCGGCAGAAGGGCGACCUGGUCAAGCACAUGCGCACGCACACGGGGGAGAAACCCUUCCGCUGCUCGGUGUGCGGCAGCGGCUUCAUCCACAGCCAGGCGCUGGUGCAGCACGCCCGGACGCACACGCAGGAGAAACCCUUCAGCUGCGCCGUGUGCGGCGAGGCCUUCGCCCGCAAGGACUACCUGAAGACGCACACGCGGCGGCACACGGGGGAGAAACCCUUCUCCUGUCCCUUCUGCGCCAAGAACUUCCGCCAGCGCGUGAACAUGACGUCGCACAUGCGCGUCCACACGGGCCACAAGCCGUACGCCUGCUCCGUCUGCGACAAGAGCUUCUCCGUCAAAGGCAACGUGCGCAUCCACAUGAGGACGCACACGGGGGAGAAACCCUUCAGCUGCGGCGUGUGCGAUAAAGGCUUCACUCAGAAGGUCAACCUGCUGAGCCACAAGUGUGCCGGGACUGCGCCGGCGGACCAAUGAGCUGCUAGAACUUUCCUCCGGAUGAAGCAUGUGCAAUAAUAAAAAACACUAAAACCAAAGCAAAAGGGGUUUGAGGCUCAAAUAAAAUGUUCCCGCUAAUCGCACAUUUUGAAUAGUUUUAGUUCAGCAGCAUGGUGGCCGUGUCCAUUCAAAAUUCCAUAGAGAUAAUUGCUAAUUUACCGUCGCUGUGACCGCGGUCUUGGUGACACAUUUAUGAGCAUAUUUCCAAAACUACCAAAUUAUUUAAGUUGAUAUUGUAGCCGAACAUUUCCCCUAGAGACCAAAUGUCUGAAGAACUUUGCUGUUUUUGUAGUUCCUGCCCAUUUAUUGUGUUUUGUUUACUUUUACAAUGAAUGCAUGCACAAGCCGCAUAGCAGGUGUCCAUUCAAAAUUCCAUAGAGAUAAUUGCUAAUUUACCGUUGCUGUGACCGCGGUCUUGGUGACACAAUUAUGAGCAUAUUUCCUAAACUACCAAAUUAUUUAAGUUGAUAUUGUAGCCGAACAUUUCCCCUAGAGACCAAAUGUCUGAAGAACUUUGCUGUUUUCGUAGUUCCUGCCCAUUUAUUGUGUUUUGUUUACUUUUACAAUGAAUGCACAAGCCGCAUAGCAGGUGUCCAUUCAAAAUUCCAUAGAGAUAAUUGCUCAUUUACCGUCGCUGUGACCGCGGUCUUGGUGACACAUUUAUGAGCAUAUUUCCAAAACUACCAAAUUAUUUAAGUUGAUAUUAUAGCCGAACAUUUCCCCUAGAGACCAAAUGUCUGAAGAACUUUGCUGUUUUCGUAGAUCCUGCCCAUUUAUUGUGUUUUGUUUACUUUUACAAUGAAUGCACAAGCCGCAUAGCAGGUGUCCAUUCAAAAUUCCAUAGAGAUAAUUGCUAAUUUACCGUUGCUGUGACCGCGGUCUUGGUGACACAUUUAUGAGCAUAUUUCCAAAACUACCAAAUUAUUUAAGUUGAUAUUAUAGCCGAACAUUUCCCCUAGAGACCAAAUGU